AUGGCAGUGCUACCGAAGCAGGAGGCUCAAGACGUCCGUAUUCCAGCAGCAGGAGCGGGAACGCAGCAAAAAUCGGACAAGGACGUCAAACCGACGAAAGAGCAGGCGAAACUGGCGGAGCAGGACCGUAAAAGUGCUGUCGAUUCUCUUACGAAGAUUCGGAGAGCGUCUGCCUGGCAGGUGCAUCGUUGGCCACUAGAGAAACGGAUUGCGGAGGAAAAGACGCGCAUACAUCUACCCCGUUCCUACCUGGCGACAGACGGAGAGGAUGUGCGGGUGGUUUGGCCAGGGGAGGACUUGAAUCAGGUCGUUUACGAACACUACUCGGGUUCGGUCGAUCCAAAGGACGGGAACCACAAGGUAAACUACGUGGCACCAGACGGAGUAUCACCUAGGAGGCAUGAGUACCUCGGGCCCGACCCGAGAGUUGCGGGAUAUUUCUUCGAUUUUGACGACGAGAUCCACAUACGAUGGUGGGAUGCGUAUCUUCAAGACCAGUGGAUGGACAGACAGAAGUGGAAGAUGGAGGUCGAACUGGAUGAAUCAGGAAACUGGGUGGAGAAGACACGCUGAAGAGAAUGUACGUCUAAAUACUUUUAAUUUAUAGGUGAUGCUAGUCCAGACCGAGAAAUCCGCAGAGAAUAGCGAAUACAUAUGUACGUCCUGAUUCCAGAUAACUGAAUGCCCGCCUACAGCUCUAUGCAUACUCUAAGAUGACGCUCCGAGGCUCAAUGUAUGCUCCCAGUGGAACGUAGUCGAUGUCGUAUCCGAAUGCCCUUGGUCCUCCGAUCUGCAAACCCUUCUCCGUAUCACUCCACCGUGGCGAACAGGUGAUACCCAGGACCGUGACCCUCAGCCCGUAGCGGAACUCUGGCACACCAAGCGCCUUGCCGGAUUGGGUAUCGAGGACUGAAAUCAGGUCGGGCACCAUUGCGAUGUACUUUUCC